AUGAAUGAUUUGUCAAAUGAUGAUAGAAAUCCAUUGGUUACGGAAAUCGAAAUCAAGAAUGGUUUUUGUUCAAAAGUCCGAAGUUAUUCAAAUAUCUAUAAAACAUUGUUGCAAGCUUUCAUAUUAGUCUGUGUUCAUACGCUUACUGGCAUAUCAUUAAUCCUCACGAACGCAAAGAGACCAGCAUUACCGUUACUUCCUGAUACAAUUCAAAAUAUUAUACCAUAUAUGCCAUUUGAAAAAUACGUCAAUGUCUUGAUGGUUAUUCUCAUUGGAUCUGAAACAAUCAUUAUUGCAUUUGACCCAAGAAGAUGUUUCAUUUAUAGAAGAACUUUGGCUGUAUAUUCAAUAUUAUCAUUCUUAAGAAUAUUAACAACCACAUCAACAUUCUUGCCUGAUCCAUCACCAAAUUGCCCUGCAAUUCAUGAUACUACUGUCGAAAUUUCCGUUUCAAAUAUUAUGAAAUCUCUUUUUGGCGGUUUAACAUGCGGUGAUAUGAUUUUCUCUGGUCAUACAAUGGGGUUCUUAUUCCCUGGCCUUGUUCAGCAUCAUUUCUUCAACAAAAAAUUGGGAAUAAUUUAUCUGAUUCUUGGAUAUAUUGGCUCUUUCUCGUUGAUCAUCACAAGAUUUCAUUAUACCGUUGAUGUUCUUCUCUCUAUAAUCCUCACAACAACGAUCUGGUUCACUUAUCAGAUGCUUUGUGAGCAUCCUUGUCUUGCCAAGUCUCUUCCUACAUGUUUAUAUAGAUACUUUAACUUCAUGGAGUGGUCAGAAAUGGAUGAAGACUUGAAUUAA